UAGCUUAUAGGACUCACUCAGUGCGCGGUCAGCAUGCAGCGCCGCCGUGUGUGUCGCUCUAUUCUCCAAUCACCGCCCGUUCCGAAUUCAAAUCUUGCAGCUUGACAGCUCGGAUACCCGCCAAAUUGUGUCCAUAGAUAAACAAACUUUUCAUCAGUGCAUCCAGCCAGUUAUCAAUUAAAAACAAAAAUGUUUUUUGUUGUGCCUGCGUUAGCGGUGAUAGGCGCCGUAGUUACGACCGUCUUUAUCCUGGAUUCCCUCAGGAGUCCCCUGGAGCUGAUAAUAUCGUAUCUAAUGCCGUAUUUCUUGCCGGGAGAAGAGCAGUCGCUCGUGAAGAGAUUUGGACCUUGGGCCGCGGUGACGGGGUGCACGGACGGCAUCGGGCGGCAGUACGCGCUGGAGCUGGCGCGCCGCGGGCUCAGCCUCGUGCUCAUCAGCCGCAACCCCGACAAGCUGGCCGCACUCGCCGGAGAGAUCGAGAAGCAGCACGGGGUGAAGACGAAGGUGAUCGUGGCGGACUUCAGCCACGGGGCUCCGGUCUACGAGCACAUCGAGCGCGAGCUCGGCACCAUACCCGUGGGGAUACUAGUGAACAACGUAGGCGUAAACUACCCGUACCCGAUGCCGCUCUGCGAGGUGCCUGCAGCCACAGCAUGGGAGCUGGUAGCAGUGAACGCGGGCGCGGUGACGCUGCUGAGCCGGCUGCUGCUGGCGCGCAUGGCGGCGCGCGGCGCGGGCGCGCUGGUCAACGUCAGCUCGGGCUCCGAGCUGCAGCCGCUGCCGCUCAUGACGGUUUAUGCGGCUACUAAGGCCUACGUCCGCAGCUUCACGCACGCGGUCCGUGAAGAGUACGCGUCCCGCGGCAUCGUGGUCCAGCACGUGUCGCCCCUCUUCGUCUCCACCAAGAUGAACGCCUUCUCCGAGCGAGUGAUGAGAGGCAGUCUGCUGGUGCCUGACGCUGAGAGCUACGCGCGGAGUGCGGUAGCGACGCUGGGAAGGGUGCAGGAUACUACGGGGUUCUGGUCGCAUGGGUUGCAGUACACCUUUAUAAAGAUGGUACCAGUGUGGCUGAGGACGAAGAUAGGACACCACCUCAACAAGCAAUUUAGAGAAGAAUACAUGCAAAAUUCUAAAGUAAAGUCGAAUUAAAAUUUAAUAGUGUAAAUAACAAUAAUUAGGUGCUAAUAGGUAAUGAUAAUAUUAUUUACUUGUGUCUUUCACGUUUACAAUAAAACAGUCUUAUUUUAUAAAAAUGAGAAAUUUCAUGUCGUUUCUUCUAGACGCAUUUUGAUGAUUACGAGUACUAUUGACAUG